AUGGCUUCGAUGCGCCCAGUGAUUGAGGGACGAUGGAUUUGUUGUUACGAUGUCACCACCGUCUCUAAUUUUUGCGCGGGCACCGUGCUUCAGGACGUCGACAGCCAAUCACGGCCCGUCGCAACAGGACAGCCCCAUUCUGGAGUGUUGAGACGGAGGGCGAAGGAGCAGAGGGGCAGAGGAACCAAACGGAAUGCGCAGCCGAGAGAAGGCGCAUGGAAGCAGAGCAGGGGACGUGGAACCCAACCAACAAGGAAGGUGCGGGCAGGCCAGUCAGUGGACGUCGCCGGCAGUGGCGUGCCAAUCAGAGCUUGCCAACGCUGCAGAGCUUGGCGACCUCGACGACGUCAGGAAUCGCAAAACGAAAAUGGCGGUCGGCCGAUGCGCGAGAUCAAACCCCGAUCCGGCCCGGGCGAGAGGGUCAAGAGGGGAGAGCGAGCCAGAGAGGAGCUAGAGAGGAGCCAGAGAGGAGCCAGAGAGGAGGCAGGAGAGGAGCCAGCGUAG